UAGCGCUGCCUUGCCCGCAUCCCCGGAUGAAAAAGUCUUCUUGGCCUGCUGUCAGACAGAUGAGUAAUGGCGAGCAAGUGGUUUUCGUUGGUUUGAGGUUAUCUGGUUAUUUGCUGAGGAGGUAUUCCCUCGCCGAUCAGUGAUGCGCCAUGGUGUGCAAAGAAGAAAUAUAUUCGUGGUUUAAACAGUUAAAUGGUGCGGUAAGGAUAGAUACCAUGUGUGGUUUGCUCAACUUGUGCUUACCCUUUGAACUACGGUUUUUGGGCACUUGCGUAGAAGAUUUAGCUAGCAAGGAUUACGCGUACUUCCGAGAAGCGGAACUGCGCGCAAAUAACUUCAACGAGCUGUCCAAGUGCACCAAUGUUAGGGACGCUGUAUCGCGAAGUAAGCUGAUCACUUCGUUGGCCUUGCUGCACCUUUCCAACCGCAGUUGCUCGCAUGCUAUCUUCGAAGCUCUGUCCGAAGAGAUGAAGUGCGCCAAACAGGAGACGUAUGACACAAAGACGCUAGAAGAGAUGCUGCUUCUGUUCACCAUGGCCACGCAUCAUCCGUCGUUCAGCUUUGACGAGCGCUCAGAGUUCGUCAAGUUCCGCGAAAAGCUGGAGAGUCUUUGGGCAGCUCAGGGCAUGGCUGUGGCAGCACCUGUGGAGAGCUACAUGGUCCCUUGCAUGCCCUACACUGUGCCAUUCAUGCCUCCCUAUCCUGUGACGGCUGAUGCAGUGGCAUCCCCACCUUACGUGCAAGGCUGCAGUCGCCCACACAAUGCACUGAAAGCACGUCUCUCUAGUAUUGAGGUGAAGCCUGAGCCUCAGUGUAAGAGGUCGGUCAAACUGAGCCUACAGUGGUCGGACAGACACCAGACAGAGGUUGUGCGUUCCUUUCAAGAGAUCUCUGGGCUUUCUCAGAAGCUCUCUCGUCUGAGUGCUUCUGAUCCAUCGUGUAGUGGAAAGGCAAUUCCCCAGCUACCAGCCUGCAUUGAAAAGAAUGAGGAGCUGGAUGGAAUGUUCGAACUCUCAGAAUAUUUCAACUGGGUUGCAAGCCUUCCACCAAGCUACCUGGAGAAUGAAUUGGUGGGCCCCUUUUUUGAGCCAACACCAUGUGGAAAGCUUGGCUUUGCACCCUCGGCUGCCGUGGUGCCAGAGACGACCUUGCCCUUGGCGCCUGAUGAUCCUCGCGUGGGGCUGCUGGCCUUCUAUGGAGGUGGUGCAGAUGCCCCGAUAGCCUCAGCACCGCCUCUUCUGGCCCCAGCCGUUGGAUCCAUGAUGCCACCUAUGGUGGGUCCCAGUGUGAACUGUGCAGGUCAAGGCACUGAGCAUGCAGGGCCAUCGCCCUGCAACUCUCCUCUAUCCUCGGCACCAGCAUCACCCUACGAAUCACCGCCCACAUCAGGCUGCAACUCGCGUGCCACAUCUCCUUGGACUGGUGCUGCUGUGACCAGGAUGCAUUGGGAUGGCACACCAUCAUCAGUUGAAGAGCUGCUACACCGAGCACAUCUGAAGAAAUAUCAUCAUCUAUUUAAGAACUGCACGCUGGAUGAUGUUCUAGCCAUGAGUGAAGACAGUAUGAAGCACAAGGGGCUUCCAGCCAGUUGUUCAAGGAGACUGGUCAAAGAAAUUGCCUUGUUGAAGAGCCACACGAAUGGAUUGCUGUGCAGCCGUGCUGUCAACGCCGGGACGGCAGCUGCCUUCAGCCAUGCUAGCGGGGAGAGUUCUACCACAUCCUGCUCUUCAGAGUGUUCCAGCCCUUCUCCUCCACCUGCACUCAAAGCCGUCCGCACUCACAGCCCGGCCAGUUCAGGCUCAGAUGACAGCACUCAGCCGUCAACUGGUAGCGCCUAUGUUCCAAGCUGUGCUAAGUGGCCUGCUGCCUGUGAAGCCACUGAGACUGCUGCCAGCGUGGUGCCACCCGAGGCUGCCCGCCUAGGAAGCCAGCCACCAUCAGUGAUGCCCAUUCGGUACGCACCUCCUGGCUCUGUCCUGGUGGAGCCUCAGCACCGGUUUUUGUUGCUCACCGAUCGGCCAACCUAUGGCCCAUCUCGUGCACCGGUGCGUGCCUUGGCACCUGUUGUGAAGACUACCACGGAUGGAGUCCCCCAUAGCAAUCCUGCAGUGACAACCACCGCAGCCUUUGGGCCCAUGUACAGUGUAGGAAUUAUGCCAGCAGGCAUGUUUCCGCAGCAUUCAUUUCCCCCGUUCCUGCAUGCUGGCCACCAGAGCAAUGGCUACCUGUCAUUCUUGUCAGGUGCGGGCUAUGUGGCCCCACCCACAACAGCAGCAGCCUAUGUUCCCCUAGCCACGUUUGGCGGGCCCUCCGUGGUGGUGCCUCCUCCCCCCACCAGUGCCAAGGUGGCAAGCUGUUACAACUGCGGCCUGGUCGGCCAUCGGGGCCACGAGUGCAAGGAGGCCACAGUGGAAGAGGCCACGAAGUCCGCCCAGUUUCGGCUCCACUUUGCACCUGCUGGAGCAGCCCCGGAGGCACAGCCGUGAGACCAGCUUUAAAUAUACCUGUGUACAUAUGCCCCAACUCCUCGCUUGGUGCAGGAGGGACAGCCACCUGGCAUGACGACUGCUGUGCAGUGACAACCAGCCAGUCCCCCAGUCAUGGUGUAGUGCAUACUGUAGGCUUGUUCACUGUGUGUGGAGCACGCUCCUGCUUUGCUGCCGGUCCACAAGAUCCCAUACUGUGUUUUCCGAAGUUGCUAACGCUAGUACUGGGAGGCAUUUUCAAGCUGCAUUUGUCUCCACUGAAGCCUCUGGCAUGGCUGAAACAGUGCCCGUUUUAUGCCCAGUGUUUUAUGCUGUCAGCCAUUUUUAGUUACUAUUUAUAAGCUUUCACCUCCGAGUGCCCAGCUUUGUGGGCUUUGCAGUGUCAGUGUUUUUGUCAGCUGUGUACACUGUGUUUUUAACCUCAAGUUUUGGGUUAGCCAGUCAUACUUUUAUUGUCACAAGUCUUGCCAUUCCAUUUCAUACAGCAAAUUGUGACCCAUUUUAGUUUCACAAUAUCUUGCAAUAUCUUCCUCUGCAUUGCCAGUGAAUGAUUGGGGUGACUGGGUGGUUUGUCAUGUUGAACAUGUGAUGAGAAUUACUUAAAGUUACCACUCAGCCAAAGACACGUUGAAUCGUCACAUCAGACUGUGCCCACUGGAGAAAUACCACAUUGAUGCUAGUGUUCAUAUCCUACACAUGCAUCUCGUCUCCCUCCUCAAGAUUUUUCCUUGCUACCUGUUUUGGCUCGCAAGUGUCAUUCUGGACUUCUUUUGAGCUUGUUGGUGUUUGUCUAGUCAGGUGUUUCCUUUGACAACAUCAAAAGCAUUCCCAGUUUUUAUUGCUACAAUGUUGCAGCCUGAUCAAAUGUUUUUUGCAAGCAAGAAGUGCUGCAAGACAAGAACUGAGACAUUUCUGACCACCUUGCUUUUCUUUUAAUUUUUGUGCUACUGCUUUUGGGCACUUUAUUCCAAGAGGAGCUCCCUUCAGCAAAAUGUGCAACGUGAAAUAUACAAGCAGCAGGUUUACUUGCACUGCGAUUGAAUGGGAUGCUGCCUGUCUGGACAAAUGCAAAGCCACAACUCUUCUUGUGGACCCUAGUCCUUUUGUGUUUUGAAUGUGCUCAUGUGGCUGGUUUCUGCCAUAUUGCACUGUUCCAGUGUUUGUGACACCAGUGAUGCGUAUCUGCUCGUGUAGCCCACGUCGACUACCCACCAUGUGAACACCGUGGUGCUCUCUGGGCUUCGGCUGUCUUUUGUGAAAUGUUUUAAGCACUAGAUCUGUUGUAAAUCCUCAGCUUAGGGUUGCCACAAUAGAUGGUGAAUGCUGAAGGUACAGUCAUGUUGCCUUUAUAAAUGGUGUUAUUUUUGCACAUUUUGAAGUUGAUGGUGCUGUACUGUGCCGAAUGUGUGCCAGCAAAGUCCAAUAUGAGGACACUUAUUUGGCUAUGCCUUGGUACUUUAUUUUCAAGCAUAAAGUUGAAAAUUACCAUACAGUGCAGGCCUUAAGUCUGAUCUACAUUUGUUGAUGUGUUUUCAAAAUGUACAGCUCUCACUGAUGCAGUAGAACUAAACUUUGCAGUGAUUAGAUGUGCCACUUGAGCAUACAUAUCAUAAUUGCCUCUCCAAUUCAAGCUCUCCAUUGUUCCAGUUGAGUAGCAAUGUUUUAAGUUGUUAAACAAUGACACAGAGAAAAGCUGUGCCAUCUUCUGCCCUCACAUGGAGAGAAGGUCAGAGCUGGUUAAUGGUACUGCUGAGUACUUUGCACAAGAAAUGUUCACAAAAAAAUUCCUACCUUAAAAACAAGCUGAAGAAUUGCCUGCUUGAGUGUUCUGCUGCUUGCUCCCUCAGUGAGUUGACUGUGUGGGUGUAAUUUUCCCAAUUUGUUGAGCAGAGUGUUAUUUUUUUUUUUUCUAGAAGCUCAUUCCUUGAAUUCAACGCAUUUCAUAAAACAUUAAGGUGUUAUGCUGUCCUAUGCUAGUGAACAAUAAGGCACCAUUGUAGACUGUUGACAUCUCAUUUGGUGUGUGUGAAAGGCUUUCACUUGCCUGAGAAUGUGUAGAUUGCUGUCAAGCGUCCAUCUACUCUCUGCCCUAUGAUGGAAAUGCUUUAUGGUCACUCACCACUUAGUGAACUCAUGGCACAAGCUAGAGCUGUUCCAAAUUUUCUUUUCUAUGUCAUUAGAAUCUGUGGGCUUGCACGGGGCAUUAUUUGUUCAAGUAAGAAUUUUUCUGAAAUUUUAUCCUUUGUAGUUUUUACUACUGCAGUAUUACGAGACUGAAUAGCUGCUUGGGUCUUUAUUUUUCCCUUCCAGGAGUAAAUAUUGUGUUCUUCAAGAUAUCAAAGUGGCACUAGAAACAACGUAAAGGAAUUCAGUUAGAAAUCAGUCUAACAAGCCUUUUUUUGCUUACAGUUGCAAGUAAUUGGCGUUCAGUGUUUUUUUCUGAGUAUAGUGUGCUCAUUUGCUUUGAAAAUAUGAAUAGUACAAUGAGUGCAGGAGAAUGUUUUUCAGAAAAGGUGCUUGCUUAAUUGCUGUCAUGGAACUUAAGGAGGCUGAACAAGAAAGACCCAUUAGCUUGUAAAAUGUAAACAAAUUAUGCUGUGAGCACAUUUGUUUGUCCCAUUUUGGUUCCUACUGUGUCCCUGCCUCACUUCAGCCUUCCUCGAUUUCACUUAUGCUGUGUGUAAAUGGUAACAUUAUGAAUGGUAACCUUGUGCUGGUGCACAUAAUAGACUACAGGACACCUAGUAGAAGUUACAUUAGUAGAAGUAAUUUUUGUUUUAUAGAAUGUUUUGUGGGAAUGCCUAAUUGAAUGUCUUAUGAUAUGAGCAAGAGAUGAUUCGCUUCACUCAGUGAUAGGUUUAAGACUGUUGGGAGGCGAAGUGCACUCAUUCUCGUUCAAUAAUGCAGCCGAAGAGGAGAGCAAGGCAUUCAAUAUUAUGUCAUAAAAGCAUAAUGCUGGCAUGCGAUUGUAACCAAACAAGGUAAAACUACAAAGCCAGUAUAUGAAGCAAACUAAAGUGUAUCCUUGAAUGAUCUAGUUUCCGGGAUGGCACUGCACUUCGUAAGUGGGUUCAAAUGCUCCACGACAUAUAGGCUUAUGAUGUGUUGUUUUGUUUUACUAACUGCCUGCUUGUACAUGCACACAAAAAAAAAGAGGUGGAAGUGCAGUCAUGGCCUAUUUUCCAUUGAAAUAAAAUAUGUUGAUGUCA